CGGUUACGCCCUUUACGUCUUGCGUGUGCCGGGAACCCGUGCGCUCGGAGUGGCCCGCGAAGGCGCACCGGCUUGCCUGGAACCUCAGUCCUUGCGCCGCCAUCGCCGUCAUGCUGGGCGCAGCUCUCCGCCGAUACGCGGUAGCAGCCGCUGCCCGUACCGCGCCCCGCAGCCUGCUACAGCCCGCCGAAGCCCCCAGCCCUGUCGCCGCUGUCCAGUCGGUUCGCUGCUAUUCCCAUGGGUCACAUGAGACAGAUGAGGAGUUCGAUGCUCGCUGGGUGACAUACUUCAACAAGCCAGAUAUAGAUGCCUGGGAAUUGCGUAAAGGGAUGAACACGCUUGUUGGCUAUGAUCUGGUUCCAGAACCCAAAAUCAUUGAUGCUGCUUUGCGAGCGUGCAGACGGUUAAAUGAUUUUGCUAGUGCUGUUCGAAUUCUAGAGGUGGUUAAGGACAAAGCAGGACCUCAUAAGGAAAUCUACCCAUAUGUCAUCCAGGAACUGAGACCAACUCUGAAUGAACUGGGAAUCUCUACUCCAGAAGAGCUGGGCCUUGACAAAGUGUAACCCACAGAUGUGUACAGCGUGCCCAGCUUUUACUGUACCAGCCACUGCUACUGGCUUCCUUCUCAAGGAUUUCUUGACAGUGCUACUUGAUUGUAAACAAUCGCCUGGAAAUGCUGAUGAUAACAUAUUACCUUAUUUGAACAAGUUUUCCUCUAUUGAGUACCAAGCCAUGUGAUGGUAACCUGGACUUUAAUAAAUGGGAAACAAGUUUGAACCGAAA